UUGUGACGUCACCACUGGCAAAGAACGGGAUCCUCGGGAGAGCCGGAAGAGCCGCGAGAGCAGAGCCGUUUCUCCAUCAGCGCUUCAGGUGUGAACGGACGAGCCACAUCCACCAGGGGGGAUUUCUGUCAGAAAACUAGUUUAGACUCUGGUCGGAGCUCCCUUCGCCGUAGACGAGUGUGUUGCAGUGAAGAUGUGGAAGGCAGCAGCAGGACAGUCGGUCAGUGUGGCUGUAAAUGAGGACGGGGACGACUGGGAGACGGACCCCGACUUUGAGAAUGACGUGUCGGAGACGGAGCAGCGCUGGGGGGCCAAGACGGUGGAGGGCUCGGGACAUCAGGAGCACAUAGAUAUCCACAAGCUGCGCGACACAGUGUCCACGGAGCACACCAGCUUGAAGAAGAAGGAGUUGGACAAAAUGCCCAAGGCCUCGCAUGGAUAUGGAGGAAAAUUUGGAGUGCAGCAGGACCGCAUGGACAAGUCUGCUGUGGGUCAUGACUACCAGAGCAAGUUGUCCAAGCACUGCUCCCAGACGGAUACCUCCAAGGGCUUUGGAGGGAAGUUUGGGGUGCAAGCUGACCGCGUCGACCAGUCGGCGGUUGGGUUUGAGUAUGCCGGGAAGACGGAGAAGCAUGCUUCGCAGAGAGACUACACCACUGGGUUUGGGGGGCGAUACGGCGUGCAGGCAGAUCGUGUCGACCAGAGCGCAGUGGGCUUCGAUUACCAGGGCAAAACCGAGAAACACGAUUCCCAGAAAGAUUACACCAAGGGCUUUGGCGGCAAGUUCGGUGUUGAGACCGACAAGGUGGACAAGAGCGCCAUGGGCUUUGAGUACCAGGGCAAAACUGAGAGGCACGAGUCCCAGAAAGACUAUGUGAAGGGCUUUGGAGGCAAGUUUGGCGUGCAGACGGACAGACAGGAUGCCUCGGCGCUGGGAUGGGACCACCAGGAGAAACUACAGCUUCACGAGUCCCAGAAAGACUAUAAGCGUGGGUUUGGAGGGCAGUAUGGGGUAGAGAUGGAGAAGCAGGACCAUUGUGCCCUGGGCUAUGAGCACAAGGAGAGCCUGGCUAAGCACGAGUCUCAGAAAGAUUAUUCCAAAGGAUUUGGAGGGAAAUUUGGUGUCCAGAAUGACCGGAUGGAUAAGAGCGCGGGGACCUUUGAGGACGUGGUGAAGCCGGCCCCGGCUUACCAGAAAACCAAACCUGUGGAGGCUGCCGGCAGCAGCACAGGGAGCAUCAAGGCGCGCUUCGAGAACAUCGCCAAGCAGAAGGAGGAGGAGGACAGGAAGAGGGCCGAGGAGGAGCGAGUGCGCCGACAGGCCAAGGAGAAGCAGGAACAGGAGGAGGCGCGCCGUAAGAUGGAGGAGACGGCCAAGGCCCCCUCUCCGGUCCCGGCUCCCAGUCCCAGUCCCAGUCCCAGCCCGGCCCCCCCGCUGCAGGCAGCCGCCGCCCCGGCAUACCAGAAAUACAGCCGACGUGUCCCACGAGGCCGCCGAGGAGAACGGAGAGCCGCUGUACGAGGCGGAGCCGCAGAUCCCCGACGCAGAGCCCGAGGACCUGUACCAGACCCCCGAGGACACGGCCGCGCCAGCAGACGGCCAGCUGGACGAGUACGGCGAGGACCUGGGGCUGACGGCCGUGGCCCUGUACGACUACCAAGCAGCCGGCGACGACGAGAUUUCCUUCGACCCCGACGACAUCAUCACCAACAUCGAGAUGAUCGACGAGGGCUGGUGGCGGGGCGUGUGCAGAGGCGCCUACGGCCUGUUCCCCGCCAACUACGUGGAGGUUCGGCAAUGAGGACGCCGCGUCCCCGUCCUCCAAAAAAAGAAAGAAAAUGGAGGCCGGAGACAAUUUGGAAUCCUCCUUUUUUCCCCCUUUGGGUCUUCUCUCUCAUCACCUCAUGUUCCUGAGACGUCUGCAGCUUUUCUUUUGCUCCGUUUUUCCAUCCCUCCGCUCCACAUCCCUCGCUCAGAUCACUAAAAUGACUCCGUACGGGCUGCACAAUACCAGGGGGAUACCAGAUUCUACGUUACACUGAACACAAACCAUUUAGAAAAGGACGAGCGUUGCCUUUUUAAAGUGCAGCUUUCCACUUAUUCACCUAACUCACUCGUGACGUGUACUGCAAGUUAACGUUGCGAUGUCAAUUUAAAUAAAAUUUAAAAAAAAAAAAAGAUUUAUUGCGCAGCCCUAAAUUCAAAGAGAAUAUACAGAACUCAUCUGGGCUUUGUUCUGCGCCUCUGCUUUAAAACGCAGCCUGGACGCAUGUUCAGGGUCUCGGACGAGGAGGAUUCACCUAGAAGUUGCAAGUCAAAGCGAGAGAUAUUAGAGAUCAGUUUCAGGUCUUGUUGCUUCUUCAUAUGUAAGAGAGGAGUUUUAGUCUCACCAAAGACCAGAGUAAUGAUCUUAAUGAGCGUGAAACCUCCUGAAUAAGUCUUUCUGCUGCUCCCCGUUCCUGCAGGAGCACUUUGGGUAAUAAUGUAUAUUGAUGACUACAAACUGUCCAGUACGAUCGACUGUGGACCAUAAAAUACCUUUUUGCUUCUUCGGUCUGUUUGCAGAUGAGUUUAAAUCCCCCUCCUGAUUGAUGCCGCACCCGUCGAUCCCCAACGGGGGAACUGAAGCUACACCGGCACCGCUACGUUUUGGGUUAAAAACGUCUUCUCUCGCGACGUUCACGCCUCGUGUCCACGCUGCUCCGGUGCUCUCCGAGCCCCUGAAACGAGACCGCAUCCUAGACAGAGACAGCCAGGGUGGGCUAGCAUGUAGCUUCUCCUAGCAAAACCUCUUUAGGUGGACUCAGGGGUUAGGACCUGAACAAAUCCAGUUCCGCUACCUUGCAUAGGCAUGGACGCCUGGCCAAUAGUAGCAUGUGAAUGCUACUGAAAGGCGGGUCUUGCCUAGUAGUUGCGUGGCUUCCAUUAAAAACAUGCUUCCGAGCCCCAAAAACGGAGACCUUUGGAAACGGCCGUUGGUGUUUUGGUUUGAAAGCUCCGGGUUUUUCUUUGUAGUCCAGAAGGCCAAAAACGGAGACCUUUGGAAACGAUGACGCACCCUCAGCCGGAGCGUACGUGAUGCUUCCGGUUUACACCGUGCCCAGGUGAAAGGUCAUGUGAUAUGCGUUUUGGCCGCGUUGGUUAAAAAGGCGAUUAGUUCUGCUUCUGGGCUCAAAACGCCGCUUUAAAAACCCAAACGUAGCAGUUCAGAUGUAGCUUCAGUUCUCUUCUGUCUGAGCAGAGAUAUUUUGAUAUAUAUAUAUUAUGAGUUUGAUUAUAAAUGAUCAAUAAUGACGUUUCCUCCUCUGCUGAUGGAAUAACGUGGCCGAGCUAAACAACAAACACUACAGCUCGUAGUAUUACUCGAAUCAUCUUCCUGCUUUAUUUUGGUUAUUGUUGCUAUCAAGCUUAGAAUCAUGUACAGAGAGGUCAUGAUUUAUUGAGAAGUAAUAGAUUUGAGAACAUGUUUGGGUUCCUGUCACUGUGAGGUUUUCUUUCAACUGUUUGUGUCUUGCUGCCUUGAACGCUCGGGUUUUCCUGUCUUACUCCGUUGUGUUGACGUGUGCGUGUGCUCUGGAGCGCCGCUGACGUCCGACAUCGUGACUAGAGAUGUUCCGAUAAAGAUACCAGUAUCGGAAAAAGCCUCCUGCACCGCCUAAACCGCUGGUAUUGGUAUCGGAGCGCUGAAGAAAAUUGACGUUAAAUUUAAGUUUCUUUAUGUUUGACUCUGUCAAACUGGAUAAUUAAGAAAGUUCUGCGGUGUUCAUUGUGUUUGUUCAUGUUUCACAGACUACAAGAGUAUCAGACCAUCUCUAAUCAUGAACAAAGCCUUGGUGUGCUGCUAUGUGCCGUGGCUGUUGGGUGUGCUAGUGAUGUGUGCGCCCCUGGUGCUGCUUGUGCGCCGUGCUCCGUGCCGAUGCGUGCGUAGGCGUGGUGGCCCCGUGAGCGGCUUGCGUGCGUGUGUGUGUGUGUGUGUGUGUGUGUGCUGGUGCGUGGCGUGUGCUGUUGUGUAUUCAUCUUUGGGGUUUUAUAAUAACAAGUGACCUUUUUCCAAAUGCAUUAUUUUUAUCUGUUCCUCUGUUUGCUUAAGUCACAUCGUUACCUGCUUGUUCUUUUUUUGUUUCAAUAAAUAAACUAUGAAUUAUAAGCUUA